ACCAUCCUCUCCCUGACCCGCCCAUUCGCCGCUGCUGCCUGAGCUCGGUCAGGUGUUCUUUGUACAGCGACGUAAACUUUGCAUUUGGAAAACUGAUUGGAUUUUGUGUGGGGACAAACACAGCGAGGCCAUGCUCAGACGGAUACUUCAAAUGACUCCUGGGAAGGGAGGCUCCCAGAAUGCAGAGUCAGAGCAGCCCAGCACAGACCUUAACCAUGAUCAGACAUCUGAGGGCUUCAUCUGCCCUCAGUGCAUGAAGUCUCACAACUCUGCAGAGGAGUUGUUCAAACACUAUGAGCUGUUCCAUGACACCGGAGACCUGCCCGCUCAUAUGGCCCCCACUCGGGAAGACCUUACAAUGCUGCGGCAAGAGGUUCAGGACCUGCAUGCUUCACUCAAGGAGGAAAAGUGGUUCUCUGAAGAGCUCAAGAAGGAGUUAGACAAAGUCCAAGGACAACUGAAGCAAAAUGAUGGACAGAUGACCUCAGAGGAUUCAGCCCUUGAAAGGAAGUUGAACGAGGCAGAGACAGAAAAGUUCAACAUCAAGCAGAUGAAAGACCUGUUUGAGCAGAAAGCUGCCCAGCUGGCCACAGAGAUAGUAGACAUAAAGUCCCGCUAUGAUGAGGAGAAGAGCCUAAGGGAGGCUGCUGACCAGAGGCUGAGCAAACUGACUGAACAGCUACAGAAGGAGAAGCAGGAGAACGAGAGGCUCCAAACAGAACUGCUGCAGCGACCAGGAGUGGAGGAUGUGGAGGUACUGCAGAAGGAGCUGGUGCAGGUCCAGACACUGAUGGACAACAUGACUCGAGAGAGGGAGGAUGAAUCUGAACGCCUCAAAACCCACUACGAGCAACUGCAGGCUAAUUACACUACCUCAGAGAUUCGUAAACUGGAGAUGACCAUAUCCCAACUCAAAGCAGAGCUGGAGAAGGGUCCACAGGAAGCAGCUGUCUACACACAACAGAUCCAUGAGCUGCAGAGCAAUCUGAAUAAUUUGCAGCAGCAAAGCCAGAGCCUGUCUGAAAAGCUUGCACGUAAGGAGAAAGAGUAUCAGGAACUGGAGGAGCGUCUGGGAGCUGAGAAGUCUGCCAGGAAAGGAGCCCAAAGCAGCCUGAGAGAGAGGGAAUCAGAGGUUCAAGAGCUCCAGGCUCGGGCCACAGGGGCUGAGGCCUCCCUGCAGAAGGCCCAGACGGAGCUUGGAGAGAAGAUCGAGGAGGUGGCGAAGUUGAAGAAUGAGAUUACGGAGCUGGAGGUGAAGCACGCAGAGCUGAAGGUUGAGAGGAAACAGUUGGAACAGCAAAGGGAAGAAAAAGACAGCCAGGGUGCUCAGCAGCAGACGGAGAUCAGUCAGCUGCACGCCAAACUGCUGGAGGCGGAGAGGCAGCUCGGUGAGGUGCAAGGCCGCCUCAAAGAACAGAGGCAGCUGUCUGGGGAGAAACUGAAAGACCGUGAGCAGCAAGCAGCUGACCUGCAGCUCAAACUGUCACGUGCAGAAGAACAGUUAAAGGAGAGUGCCAGUAAGAAUACAGACCUGCAGCACCAGCUGGAGAAAGCCAAGCAGCAGCACCAGGAGCUGCAGGCACUGCAGCAAAACACCAACGGCAAACUCCGUGAAGCACAGAAUGACCUGGAGCAGGUGCUGCGUCAGAUUGGAGAUAAGGACCAGAAGAUCCAGAAUCUAGAGGCUCUGCUGCAGAAGAGUAAGGACAUUGUGAGCCAGCUGGAAACCGAAAGGGAGGACUUGUGCGCCAAAAUCCAGGCCGGGGAGGGAGAGACGGCUUUGCUUAACCAGCUAAAGGAGAAAAACCAUGCACUACAAGAACAGGUCACACAGUUGACAGACAAGCUGAAGAACCAAUCAGAGAGCAACAAGCAAGCCCAGGAUAACCUACACGAGCAGGUCCAGGAGCAGAAGACCCUGGUACGUUCAGCCCAGGACCGAGCCCAAACCCUGGAGACCUCUGUCACUGAACUCACCGCCCAGCUCGCAGACAGCAAGGAGAAAGUAGCCCAGCUGGAUGCUCAGCUGAAGGCAAAGACAGAGAUGCUGCUGUCUGCAGAGGCAGCCAAGGCUGCACAGAAGGCGAACCUGGAAAACAACCUUGAGACUGCUCAGCAUGCACUGCAGGACAAGCAGCAGGAGCUGAAUAAAGUUCAGAAGAAGGUGGAGGAGCAGGCCCAAAGGCUCAAGGAGAGACAGGAACAGUGCACACAGCUGGACGCAAGUCUAAAGGAAUGCAAAGACAAGCUAAUGGCCUCAGAGCAGCGUACAGAGCAGCUGGAGGGGCUCAAUAAGAAACUGGAGUCACAGGUUGGGGAGUUGCAGACCACACGUGACCAGGUACAGAAAGAAGUGCAGAAGCUGCAGAAGGAGGGGUCACAGGUCAAACAGAAAGCCAAGGAGCUGCAGCGCUCACUGGAAAUGGAGAAAGCAGGGGCUACAACACUACAGGAGGAACUGAAGAAAAAAGCAGCUGAUUUGAGUGACAUUCAGCAGCAGCUGGAGCGCAGUGAGCAGGACAAAGCUGCUCUGAAGGUGAACCUGGACAACGUGACCCAGGAGGGAAAGACUAAACAUGCAGAGCUGGACAAAAAGGCUCAGAGCCUGACAGCAGACUUACAGAAGGCCCAACAAGAGAAAGAGGCUCAAAAGAAGGAGCUUGCCUCUUUGCAGGAGAAUCUAGGAAAGGCUAAUAAGGCACUGAAAGAGAGUCAGAGUCAACUGGACACAGAGAGGAAGAACCAUAAGUCAGCAAUGGAAGAGAAGGAAAAGUCCAAUGAGAAGGCCAGACAGGAGCUUCUUAAGAAUAACGAGGCCAUGACCAAGGCAAUGAAAGAAUCUAAAGAGCAGUUGGGGCAGCUAGGAGAGGCAGAGAACAAGUUGAAAGCACAGCUGACCACGCUGGAGCAGCAGCACUCAAAGACUCAGGGGGCACUGAAGGAAAAAGAGAAGGAGCUGGAGAAGCUGCGGGCACAACUCAAGACGGCCCAGGGGUCGUUUGAGGAGGAGACGAAGAAACUGAAGGGGCAAGUGGCAGAGUUACAAGAAGUUAAUGUCAAGAAGACAGAAGAGGAGAGUAAGCUGAAGGCACAGGUGUUGGGGCUCGGCCAGGAGCUGGCCUCUCAGAAGAGUGGGAUGACAAAGCUGCAGAAGACCUUGGAGCAAAGCCAGGAAAGCUUCACUAAGCUUCAGUCUGACUUCUACGGCAAAGAGUCCGAGGUCUCUGCCCUGCGUCAAGACCUGAAGGUGUCAGAGGAGAAGCUGACCUUAGCUCAGGAAGAGCUGGCUGCUAACCGCACCCAUCAGACAGGUUUAGAGGCUCAGAUCCAGGAUCUGCAGAAGGGUCGCGGCUCAUUGGAGCAGGAGCUGGUAAAACGGGACCAGAAGCUCCAACAGCAAGACAAAAUCCUGAAGGAACUACAGAAGCAACAGGGUCAUGUAAAAGAGGAGCUGGAGAAGGAGAAGAGUAAAGUGGAGGAACUGAACAAAGCUAAGAGUGUCCUGGAAAAGAAUAACACCCGACUGAAUUCUGAAUUAAAAGCACUGAUGGAGAAGGGCGAGAAGGAGCUGGGUGAGUUGCGGGAAGCCAAACAGCUGUUGAUCCAGCAGAAACUGGAGCUGCAGGGUCAGGUGGAGGCUGCACAGAAGACCCUGGAGCAGGAGCAGAAGGAGCACGAGGCCACCAAGGACAGCAGGACCCAGAGAGAGGAGCAGCUCCUUGCACAUACCAGGGAUAUCCAGGAUCAGUUGGUGGCAGAGAAGAAGGCAAGAGAAGAGCAGGUGAAGCGCGGGGAGGAGGCAGAAGCUAAGAUGGGUGUGCAGGUGACGGCUCUGAAUGAAAAUGUGGCCACGCUGAAGAGAGAGUGGCAGGGCAGCCAACGAAGAGUUGGCGAACUGGAGAAGCAGACGGAUGAGCUGAGAGGAGAGAUCGCUGUGCUGGAGGCCACCGUGCAGAACAACCAGGACGAGAGACGGGCUCUUCUGGAGAGGUGUGUGAAGGGCGAAGGCGAGAUAGAGAAACUGCAGGCCAAGGUGGUGGAGCUGAGGAGGAAGCUGGAUGACACGACAGCAGCCAUGCAGGAGCUCGGCAGAGAGAACCAGUCGCUCCAGAUCAAGCAGUCCCAGAGUCUGACCAGGAAGUGGGCCGAGGAUCAUGAGGUGCAGAACUGCAUGGCCUGUGGGAAAGGCUUUAGUGUCACUGUCAGGAAGCACCAUUGCAGACAUUGCGGCAACAUCUUCUGUGCAGAGUGUUCAUCGAGGAACGCCCUCACACCGUCCUCUAAAAAGCCAGUACGGGUGUGUGAGACAUGCUUUGAGGAGCUCCAAGGCUGAUUUUCCCCCUCAUCCCUUCACCUCCCCUAAACCCCCUCACCCCACUUCCCCCCUUCCCCUCCACUUCCUCCUUCAGCGGGCAGAAGAAGGCGUGUCUUUGUCAUAUUUAAUGUGCACUAUUAAGGACAGACCCAGUGCAAAGACUCCCACCUGCAUGUGACUCCUGGCUCUGGCGUGGAGGGAAACAGCUAAAGUGUUUUAAUGAGGAGACGCCAGAGCAGUGCGAUGGGAUUGGGGGUGGGACUGGUUGGGAUUGUCUGUAUCUGUUUUUGUGCCUUUGCUACUCCUGUGGACUGCCAGAGAGCGGAGACAGCGAGAACUAAACACCAUCCAUCUCUUUACGUUUAUGUUCACAUCUCCAUCGUUGUUUGGCAUCACUAGCACGUGCAAGGUGGUUUGCUGUGUGUGUCGUAAGAUGUUUGGCAUCAGCUGUGUGGAGGUGUGAGGUCAGUGUGAGUGGGGGAUGUUAAUGUUGUAAUGGUGAUGUUGAAAAUCACUGCUGCCCUACAAAGGUUAAUGCAGGUAACUAUUUUGUGAAGAAAAGAAAACUUGUAAAUACCCAGUGUGACAUAUUUUCUGUGUAUAACUGAAUCAAUCUGAUCACUUACUAAGAAAAGAACAGAUUUUUAUAGGAAGGACUCAAGUCAUCAAGAAUAUUUUUGGAUAUUGGUUUAGUUUUACUGUGUCUGAUGUGUGUAAUGAUGUGAAUAGAAAAGUGUGUUGAGGUCAUUUUUUGUUUUCCAGAGACACAUUUCAAAUUUGUUUUCAGGAAAUUAUUAUUUGUGCUUUGACAGAUUCAUUUGGCCCCAAAACAAUGCAACAAGUGUAAGGUAGAGAUUUUAAAUUCAAGUACAUGCAUUAUUUUUUUCUAAAUUCACAUAAGUUAAGAGCAUCAGAUCCUUCUGUUAGCGUUGUGUUGUGUGGCACAGCACAGCAAAUCUUCAAAUGUAAGAAGAAAGACUGCCCUAAAGAAACCAAUCCAUCCGUCGAUUUAUGCACCAGCGAUUCUCCGUACAGGCCGUGACGCCCAAUCAGUUACUGCAUGUUUCCUUUGUGCGGCAGCACGUUUGUGUAUUUGUUGAAUUUGAUGUAUUCAGCCUAAUCCAUGACCAAAGAAUGUCUGCAGCAGGAAUACAGCCGAGAUGAAAACCCUGAGCUUGUUUCAUAUUUCAGUAUUUUUCUAAGCGUCUCUUUGGAAACGUUUGAGUUUUAAAUCACAGGGUCCUACAUUUUUAUCUUGAACACAGCAUGUAUGACGACCUUAGAGGCUUUUAUGUACAGUCAGUCUUGCUGUGCCACAUUUCUCUUUGCGUGUUCAUAUUAUUUUUGCAAAUUGUGGUGCUUUCUGCAGACUGUUAAUGCAGUCAUCGAAGGUGCCUGCAUGUUUAUUUUUUAAGUUUUAUUUUCCUGCUGCUUGUCUGCGCUCAGCAGCACUGACUACUGCUGGAGAUGUGUGUGCGUGCGCGUGUGUGCUCUGCUUUGAAGCAAUAACUGUGGCUGUGUGUGAUGUUGCUGUAAUAGAGUGUGUGUUUUAGUGUUCAGGCCUGCUGUGUGUGUGUGUCUGCCAAGUUGCACUGUAUGAACGUUGGCUGCUCAGAACCUCAGUAUCUCUCCGGUGAGGUGUGUGUCGGUGCUGCUUUCAGGUGCCGCGGUUGCUGUCGGUUCUCUAUCCAACCUGUGUGCAGCUGAGGACACUGUAAAAGUUCAUUCCUGCUUUGUAUAAUUUAUCAUAUGUUGACAGAUAUCGGUAAGAUCUUCUGUGCAAUUGUCUAAAGACUGGAGCAGGCGGAAACACUGUACGCCAGGCGACAAUGCAGGCAGUUCUGGCACUUUGCAACAAGCAGCUUGUUUCAGACUUUGGCUUACCAAAUUAGCUCUUAAUGCUUGUGCGCUCAAAAAACAACGCCCAUCUCAGUCGCAAGCGCUCAAGAACACCUGUCUCUUUUCGUGUUGCAUUGGUUUUGUUAUGUCUACCUCAGAUUGGCACAGGAAAAGCACUAUUUCUAAACCUUAGAGAUCACAAAUAUUUUGUCAUUGCCUGCAUUUGAUCGAGGAUUUGUGAUUUAUCUAUCAAGCUGUACAGUCCCUUAAAAAACCAGAGAGAUGAUUUGCACCUUAUUGUAUUCUGGGCUCGUCCGUGUAAGAACCCAGCCACAAAUGUAGGACCACCAACUUUAUACAAGCUUCAGCAUUUCUAGCCCCGAUGUGCUUAACUGCUCAUUAAUACUAAGGCUGUCAUAAUUAUCUUUGUAAAUGUUUGUAAUGAAAGAGACAAAGGAAAUAUAUAACACUUGUGGAUGUAGAAACACGACAACAGUGAAAAUGUGUGUGGACUCAUCAGUGUCUUACUCUUGUUUUUUUUGUUUUUGUUUGUUUUGUUUUGUUUUGUUUUUUUAAAGACAAAAAAGGCACCACAGGUCUGUACACACUGAAUUGUGGCUUGCUUCGUGUUGCUGUCAGUUAUCAUGCAUGAUGACUUUACUGGCCUGUGGUUCACACGUUUUUCUCCAUGUUUAGAGUCAUCAUAUUUGAUGGUUGUGAAGGUGUGCCUUAGGCCAACGUCUUGUACGUCACUGCUCACUGUCAGCAGGGACACGCACCAUGUAUUACCAGUCUGGGUGAACUCAGUUCACCCGAAGGGAUGAGAGAAACAAUGUAAUUUAUGUUCACAUGCACCCGUUGAUUUUCUAAUGCAUCAUCAUGACAAACUUAAAUAAAACCUACAGUAUGUUUCUA